UUUCGUUUCGUUUACAUCGCUGCAAGCCGAGCAAGCGGUCGUUUUUUUGUGUUUGCAUUUUGAAACAAAUAAAUUUUACUCGCAAUUUGUUUAGAAAUUGUAGCAAAAAGUCGCUGCCGGUAUAGAACGGUACACAAUUCAAUAAAAUCUGAACUCAAAAUACUGCAAAAUGGAGUGGCAGUUUGUGAUACCGCGAGUGAACGCUGAUCUGCUUAGUUCCGAUAAAAAUAAUUACUGUGUGGGGCGCGUUCUCGAGUCGCGUGAGAUUUCAGACGCGCUGAAGAAUGCUCGUUUGGCGUUGAAUGAUCCAUUCGGAAUAUUCGAUCACUUCGACACGUUCUACUCGGUGAUCGACAAUGCAAAGCAAAUAUCCGGCAGCAAUCUGUUGCGGGCGUACGACUUGCUAUACAUUGCUGUCGACCGGUUAGGGACUAUGCUAGCAGAACUGCUAAACCGGGCAGACCUGGCACAACCAGAUCGAUUGGCUUCUUUAAAUGCGAUCAAGAUGCUGAUCUACCUAAUGGGCGGCACAGUUAAAGCGAUUGAUGCUCACGUGAAUGCUCUGAGAGAAAGUGGUGGCUUAUUGAAGAAAAGCGGAGCAAACAAGAAAAAAGAAUCUGAAGAUCAAAUCGAAGUUUUAGAUUGGGAUAACAAACGGAGUCGCUGUGUGGUGCAAUUGUACAAUUUGUUCCAGCUACCACUAGAGAAAUUGUGGGACCCUCCCGUUUGCGAAGAAACAUUUGUGGAUCUAAUUUGCGACAUUUGCUACCGAACGUUAGAACAGUCAUACGUAAAAAUUCGAAACCUGGUAGAUAGCGUGUUUCAGAUAUUGGGUACAGCGAUAAAGCGAUACAACCAUGCUUUAGCGUUUCCGGUGCGAAUACUUCAAAUUUUAGAAAGACACGAAGCGUCCAUUUCUCCGAUCGCCAGUGGUGUAAUGCUUCUGCAUGAAAAGUUCAACAUUUCAACUAUUUAUCCAGUUUUGAUCAACGAACUGAUCGAACGUCUUGGCGUAGAUGCUUCAGAUACGCAGACGGCACGACACUAUAGUCAGUUUCUGGUUGAACUAGGAACUCUCACACCAAAAUUGAUGAUCCCGCACCUUUCGACGCUGAGUGAGGAGCUUCUGGGACUCGAUUCUUAUAUAGUUCGCAAUUGUGUACUGCAAAUUAUGGGUGAAGCCAUUAUUUCGGAACUUUCUUCGGAAGACCUGAGCGAAGAGCUAAAAGAAACUAGGAAUGAAUUUCUAGAAGACUUGUACAAUCAUACGAUGGACGUUUCGGCUCAUGUUCGAUCAAAAGUGCUACAAAUUUGGCACUUUUUGCAGCGUCAGAAUGCUGUUCCCCUUUUAUGGCAGCAUCAAGUGUUGGAAAGAGCCGUCGAAAGGUUGGAGGACAAAGCGUUACUGGUUCGAAAGAAUGCUAUUGCUUUGAUAAAAGUGUUUUUAGAACACAAUCCCUUUUCUGCGAAGCUAUCAUUAGCAGAAUUGCGCACCCAGUAUGAGCAGGUGAAUGAAAAGUUACAGGAGAUUCGGGAUAAAAUGGUCGAGCAGGAUACGGCUUUGAAAAAAAUCGAAGAAGAUUGGGAGGAUUUGACGGUGCAGAUGUAUCCUGUGAUUUCGGAAGUACUUUCAAAAGAAAACUCUGCCGAAGAUACGGGUCACCUAGAGGGAACAAUAGAAGAUGGCAAAAAAUUCGUUGCAGAAAUCGGUGACAUGAUCGCUGGGCAACGGUUCAAAGAGCUUGUUCUACUGGCAUGCAAAGUGGAUUAUGCCUUGGGAAAUACAGAAACAAGAAAAACAUUCACGGUAGAACAACAAUGUUUGUAUUACUUGACAGUAAUUAAAAGUUACUACAUCAACACCAAGAUCGACAAAGAAUUGAAUGAAAAGUUUCAGAAAAUUGAAAGUGAAUGUAAUUUUUUGAAAGACUCGAUUCGAUUUUCGGAAAUUGUUGCUGGCGCUGUUCCAAAACUGCAGGAAAUGCUAAGAUCGAAGUCUCAAACGGAUGUUUACGAAGCGAUAGAAUUUUUCACCUACGCCUAUUUGUUUGGUAUAAAAGGAACUGAAGGAGGCAUGCAGCAAAUGCUGUACUUAGUGUGGGAUUCCGAUGCAGAUAAACGCAACAGUGUGGUUGCUGCAUACAAGAGAGUGUUGCUGGAAGUUGAUUUGGAAGGCCGAGCAAAACACGUUAAAACCGUGCGGAAUUUAUGCGAAUUUAUGGUAACACUUAAUGCUGGUCACUAUGCCGCUAUGGAAGUGUUGAUACGUGAGUGGGUUGAAGGUGGCGAUAUUGACGCUCAGAUGAUUCAAGUUAUGUUUGAAAUGUACACGAAAAAGCUUGACACCAUAACCGACGACGAAUCAAGACAAGCGCUGCAACUAUUAGUCAUGGUUUCAAGCGGUAAGCCGUCAGUUGUGAAAGCCAAUCAAGCAUUGAUAGAAAAUAUCGGCUUCGACAAGAGAGGAUUACGCGACCCACGUAUAUUCACCGCCACGCUAUCGUUGUUAAUCAACUCUAUUUCUCAGCCAAAAACUGCCGUGAAACACUACAAACGGGUAGAACGUGAUUGUCCGACAGUUUUAAAGAUUAUUGACAUUUUUGUAAAAAUGUUUUUCAAUAGUAAAAUUGAAUGCUUCGACGAAGUCGGUACGAAAACGUUCGACUACAUUUAUAAAGUGGUUAAUACCCCAGACAUCGUCAGUCAGGGCAUACUAGUUGAAAUUUACGGUAAAUUGCAUUCGUUGGAAACUCAAUUGAAAGACAAGGAUGACACUAACCAUGUCUCACAGGAGGAUAUAAUUCCCGGAUCAACACAAGAAGCUCAAAAUCAUGCAUCUCAAGCCGCUACUCAACAUGCUCGUCAGGUUUCGGUUACCUUACCAACCUUUCUGGUCGCUCGAUACGUCCUCGUCAUCGGGUAUGUCGCGAUGCGAGAGAUGAUUUAUUUAGAUAUUGACGUUUAUGCCAAUCUUAAAUACCGCCAAGAGUUGAAAGACGAACUUAAAAACCAGAAAAAGAAAACGGCCGCUCUCAGCAAAAAUACACCGAAACGUAAGACUAUGAACAUGAACGUGUCGGCAAGUAGCGCGAUUAAGCGGUGGUCUGGACCGGGUGGAAAAGAACACGAGCAGCCAGAGGAAGAAGAACUGUUAGGUGGAGCAACGGCCGAAGACGCCGCUGCCGAGUUGAUUAACGCGAUUUGUGAGCAGGAAAUGCUCGGAAGCGCGCACAAUUUGCUUGGCAGAUCUAUACCAAUGGUUGUCGAAAUAUGUCGCCAUCCAAACAAACAUCGAAAUGAAAUACUUCAAAAAUGCGCUGUUCUUACACUUAUACGAAUGAUGUCAGUUUCUUCAAAAUUUUGCGAAAGUCACAUGUCUUUUCUGAUGAACAUUCUUCAGUACACGAAACACAAUCAAAUCAAGUGCAACAUCAUGAUCGGUCUGUCCGAUUUGACUUUUCGUUUUCCGAAUGUAAUUGAGCCGUGGACUAGCUAUAUGUAUGCGACCUUGCACGAAAAAGACGUAGAGUUGCGCCUGACAGCCGUUAAGAUGCUAUCCAAUUUGAUUCUCCACGAGAUGAUUCGUGUUAAGGGUCAAAUAUCGGACCUGGCCAUGUGCAUCGUGGAUCCUGCGCCAGAAAUACGCACAAUUACUGAGCAGUUCUUCAAGGAGAUAGCCCACAAAUCGAACAUUCUUUACAACGUUCUGCCUGAUAUCAUUUCACGUUUGAGUGAUCCGGCGUUAAACUUGGAGGAGGAAAAGUAUCACAUUAUAAUGCAGCAUAUUAUUGGACUCAUCAACAAGGACAAACAAAUCGAGAGUUUGGUGGAAAAAUUGUGCAUUCGCUUCGGAGUGACAACCGAGCAGCGGCAGUGGCGCGACAUUGCCUUCUGUCUAUCGCUACUGUCAUACAACGAGAAAACAAUCCGUAAACUAUCGGACAACAUCGGCUGUUUCAAGGACAAAGUACAGUAUGAUGAAAUUCUUGGAUCGUUCAAAACCAUCAUCAGCAACACCAGCAAGCUGGCGAAACCGGAAUUGAAGGCUGUGGUUUCUGAGUUUGAAAAUCGCCUGGAAGAGUGUCUGGCAAUACGAGAAGAUGGUUCCGCGAUGGCGACCGCUAGUGAUGAUGGUGCCGGUAGCUCGAAUAAUAUCGCAGCAUCGACCAAAAAGGUGACACAGCGAGGGGGUCGAUCAAACCCAAAAUCGGCAGUGAAAAACAAACCAACAGCUGGUAGGGGUCGUCGCGGUCAACUGCAGAAACAAUCAUCCUCGUCAUCGGAUAAUGACAGUGACAGCGAAGAAGAAAAUAUGCCACCGGCGGCCCGGGCCCGCGCCGCUGCAAGGGCUCGACAGAACAAAAAAAUUACCAAGAUCAUCGAAAGCGAUAGUUCAGCGAGUGCUGAUCAUCGCCUUGGUACAAGCUGGCAAAUGACGAUUUUUAGUCUCGACCAUUCUUCCUCUGAGAUCAGUGUGCAAGCGAGCAGUACAGCCAAGGGUGUUCACGUUGGAACAUCGCCAGUACAAACGCCGUGCGGAGCAACCAUGCCGGUAAAAGCAGUAUCCACCGGAAAGCAUUUUCUUGCCACGAACGACCAAAUCGUUCCCAUCGGUUACGGAUUCCAAGAUGCUAUGAUUAUGCUGUUUUUGCGUUCCCAAGCGGAUCUCCCCGGUGGCACUGUUGAGCGUUAGGGAUGCCUUGCAGUUGAUCUUUCGCAUGAAUGCGCAGCGGUAGUACACAAACCCUCGUCGUACUGGACCACUUUUGUGAUACUGAUGUCCCUGGUACAGCAUGCCUUGCCGACGGUCGACUAAGUCAAGCUGCAUAUCUAUGGGGAAAGAGAAUCGAUAAUGCUAGUAAAAAAGCGUAUUCUUUUAACUGAGAUAGCGGUUCUUUGGGAAUGAUGUUUUAUUUAAAAAAAGCGAUAAUUUGUUUAAUUUCAAGUAUUUAUUCAGUUCAUUGAUUCAAUUGGUUUAAAAGAUACAAGAAAGUAUGGAAAAUCAUUUAAUCAUCUUUCAAUACAGCAACAUUUGUAAAUCGAAAGUACAAUUUUU